AUGAUGAAUUUACCGUGUAAAUUUGCACUUAUUACUAUUUUCUUGUUGACUGCUUCGUCAAUAGGAUUUGCGCAAAUUAGUGUAGACAAUUCAAUCUUCACAUAUACAGAAAAAGAGUCUCCCCAAGCUAAUCUAACCGGGAAACAACCUAUUAUUAUCUAUUUUAAACGUUAUGAUGACAGUGAAGGCACGACUGUGGUUCGAGUUGGUCGUCGAAACAUUGAAGGCGGCCCUAUAUCAUGCUAUGAACAGAGAUUAUUAAUUCGUGUCAUUCAAGCAAACGGGAGCGUUAUUGAAAUAAAUACUACCAAUUUUGAGAAAAUACAAGAUAUAAAUUAUUGCUUUAAAUCCAGAAAUCCUUUACAUUUAUAUCCAUUAUUUGAUAAAUACAUUUUAAUUUCGUAUAUUAAUGCAAGUAAUACUUCCGAUAAAACAACUUAUAUGAAUGUGGGAAUGGUUAUAGAUUGGAGCGGUAAAAUUAUAAGUGAAAUCAAUUUUGGACCAUCUUAUUUACAACCGGGAACUAAUGAAUGGAUCCGAAAUGAAAUUUUAGUAAAUAAUAUCGACCCCCAAAAAGGAUUUUUACGUUUAUCUCUAGUAACUGGAACUUUUAAUGCUAACUGGAGUCAAUUUGAACAUACGGGUGAUGGAGUCUUCAAUUUAUUAAAGAACGAUACAAUAGAUAUGUCAUCGGAUUCUCUUUCCAGUAGUUACACCGCAAUUGCAACUUUGAAUGGUGGAUAUGCGAUUGCAUUCGUUAACUCAACUAAAGCGAUUUAUACAAAUUCUAGCGUUAUUCCUUCUUAUUCAGGAAUAUACGCUAUAUUCUUAACUAAUAAUCAAACUAAAACACCUCCAAAAAUUGUUUUACAUGAAUCGCCAGAUCGGCUAGGAUUCUAUGAGAAUAUAUAUUGCUCUGUCGAUUAUGUUUUCAUUGGUCAUUCAUGCAUAGUACCUGUAGAAAGGAAUCAAACUUAUACUACUAAUAUUCUUAAUAUAUCAGUAACCACCAUAACUUCUGCAAUCGCGACGACGACUAUGCCAGUUGUCACAACUGUAACGAAUCAAUCCAAUAUCACCACUACUAACACAACCAGAUUUGCUAUAAGAAUACGUUUUCUUUCUUCCGAAAGAACACCAAAUCUUACCGAACAUGUUUAUUAUUUCAAUUAUACUAUUUAUAAUGAAGAAAAUACACUAUUAUACAAUGCAUCUAAUAUUGUAGCAAAUAGAUUUUCCCAAUAUGAUAUAUUAAAAAAUAAUACAAUGUUAAUAGCACUAAAUGAAUCCUCUACAUCUUGGAGACUCUUGUCAAUCAACUUACCUCGGCUUUUUGAUGAAUCUGAUUAUGGUAAUUUCCUUGUGAACUCAGCAAUCCCUAAACAAAACGAUAUCAUACCAUUAAAUUCCAGUAAUAUUUUAAUCACCUUUAACCAAUCCACUACUCUCACAAAUAUCGCAAAUGGCAAUUUAUAUAUCUACCAAGUAACCAGUCCGGGAAACUCAAAUCUUCGACAAAAGAUUAAUUCAAGAACUUGUGAUCCUAGUCAAUGUUAUAAUAUUAAUGAUACUACUAUUAAUCUAAAAGUACUUACUUGUACUUUCAAUAAUCCAGGUGGAAAAUAUUAUAUACAAAUGGAUAAUAAUUUUGUAAUGGCCACAGGUUUUAACGAACCAUUACUGGGAAUCAGUCCAAAUAAAUGGACUUUUCAAUUAGCUAGCGACUCAUCAAGUCCAAAAUAUGCCGGCAAUAUCAAUGGAAAAUUACGACUAACAACAAACGGAACUCAAUAUUUUAAAACUCUUAAAAAAUCUCAAUUUUUUGAUGAUUUGAAAGUUAGACUAUCAAAUAUAAUUCCUAUAGAGCAUGGAAGAUUGGAUUCGACAGAAUUGAUCCAAAUUGAUGUAUCUUUUACUGAAUCUGAUAGAUUUCUUAUAUCACUUUCGAUUAAGGGGACAACAGUGAAGGAUUUGGACACGUUAAUAAGAAAUAAAAUGUCCACGGGUAUUUCAAUAGAUCCUUACACAAAACAUUUAGAUGAAACAUACGGGUUUCAACGACAAUUAUUCAAUUUAGUUCUGGCUCUUUCAAUAGUACAUUUUUUAAAAGCUGAGUUCAAUGCAUGGUUUGGGCAACAUGGAAGAUUUGCUAGCAUUAUUGCAAUAUUAUCGACUACAAAUAUUGAUAUGCUAUAUAUAUUGGAUUGCGAUAUUGGAUCUUUUGAUUCUGACAUUUUUAGAGCCCCAUUUUCAGAAAAUGCGAUUAAAGCGAUUUUUUAUGGAGGCUGCGUUAGUAUAUUUCUGACUGAUAUACCGCAAUUUGUUAUUCAGGUUAUUUACUUAACUUAUAGUGUCGAGGUUGAAAUUACUCCACUCUUAGCCUUAAUAGCGUCAGGACUUUCAACUUUAUCCUUUAUAGCCACUAAAAUAUAUGGUAUUAAAUUUGAUUAUAUAGGAGAAAAAUUAAAAAGGAAACCCCCGAUGUAUAACAAUAUUGAAGAGGGAAAGGCUCAAAUCAAUAGAGAUGAAGAAGAACGUCAUAAAAAAGAUGAAGAGGAAAUUAAUAAAAACAAAGAUGCCGAAAAAUUUUAUAAGGGCGACGAAGAGGGAAUUAUUAAGAACGAUGAUGGUGAAGGAAUUGAUAAGAACAAUGAUAAAGAAAUUGAUAAGGACAAAGGCGAUGAAGAAAUUGAUAAUAACGAAGAUGGCGAAGGAACGAAGAUGGCGAAGGAACGAAGAUGA